AGCAGCAGCAGCAGCAGCAGCAACAGCAACAGCAGCAACAUCGUAUGUAUAACAACGGUCGUACACGACAACAAGAUACGCGACCUUCUUCUUCUUCUCCUUCUUCACAACAGGACCUUACAAUGCGUUCUAUGCUUUUAGAAGAAUUUAGAAAUUCAAAAAAUAAAAAAUAUGAAUUAAAAGAUAUUGCAGGUCACAUUGUUGAAUUUAGCGGAGAUCAACAUGGAUCUAGGUUUAUUCAACAAAAAUUAGAGACAGCGAAUAGUGAAGAGAAACAAAUGGUAUUUGAAGAAGUCCUUCCUAAUGCUUUACAACUUAUGACAGAUGUCUUUGGUAAUUAUGUACUUCAAAAAUUCUUUGAACAUGGUAAUCAAAUGCAAAAGUCUAUUUUGGCAAAACAAAUGGAAGGCCAUGUCUUAUCUUUAUCACUUCAAAUGUAUGGGUGUCGAGUAGUACAGAAGGCACUUGAACAUGUCUUGACAGAACAACAAGCUACAUUAGUGGGUGAACUUGAUGGCUGUGUAUUAAAAUGCAUUAAAGAUCAAAAUGGCAAUCACGUUAUUCAAAAGGCAAUUGAAAGAGUACCGGCGCAACAUAUUCAAUUUAUUAUUGAUGCAUUCCAUGGACAAGUCUAUAAUUUAGCUACUCAUCCUUAUGGAUGUCGUGUUAUUCAACGUAUGUUUGAACAUUGUACAGAUGCUCAAACAGAACCUCUUUUAGAAGAGCUACAUAGAUGUACUCAUCAACUUGUUCAAGAUCAAUAUGGUAAUUAUGUAAUCCAACAUAUACUUGAAAGAGGUCAUCCAGAAGACAAGACAAAGAUUGUAGAUAAGAUUUUAGGACAGAUCUUACCAUUAAGUAAACAUAAAUUUGCUAGCAAUGUUGUAGAGAAAUGUGUCGAUUAUGGAAGUAAAGAAGAUAGACAACGUUUAAUUGAAGAAGUCAUUCAAACCAGAUCUGAUGGUACAUAUCCACUCAUUACUAUGAUGAAAGAUCAAUAUGCUAAUUACGUUGUUCAAAAAAUGUUGGACGUUGUUGAUGAUGAUCAACGUGAAAUAUUACUUGACAAAAUUAGACCUCAUUUACAGUCAUUAAAGAAAUAUACCUACGGAAAACAUCUUAUUCAAAAAGUAGAAAAGUUGGGCAUUGUACAACAACAAGACGAUAAUCAACACGAUAUUAUAUAGUUCCUUUUUUUCUCUAUUUUUCCCACAGGAGUGGGUGUAUAUAUGUAUAAAAACUCCUGUAUCAUAUAAAAAACUGGCUACUUUUUUUGUAAAAAAAAAGGAUUUUUUUUGUCAUAUAUAUUCACAUACAAAUAUAUAACGACGAAUUAAUAAUAUACAUAUUACAUAAUAAAGUAAAUAAAUAUUUUGUUAAGAAAAGUAA